GAGGGUACAGACUUCACUUCUCCUCGGUCUCUGAGUUAAAUCUAGCCCUUGCUGUUGAGCUCCGUCUCCUGGGAUACUGCAGUCUAUGUGUGUGUUUGCGUGUGAGAGAGAGAGACAGAGAGACGGAGUGGGGGCGAUGUGUUGCCGCGAGUGAGGAGUGGAACGGUUGAGAGAACGCAGGGUCUGCACUUAACACUCAGAGCUGGUGAGCUCUAUCAGAGUCUUGAUCUCUUCCCAACAGAUUGUGAACAGAUGCUGCAGACAGCAAUUGGGGAUUAAUCUGUCAUGAAGGAGGUGUGAAAAGAUGGCUUCGCGAAUCCUCUGAGCACCUUGCAGAGUGAGAAAGAUGAACUGGAAACCAGAUUGUUCCAAGCUCUUGCACCUUUUCCUGUUUCUCGUGCUCCUGUUAGUGGGUCUUGUGAUGCUCAUCCAUUCUGACCUUUCUCUGAAGGCAAAUUUACCUUACAGUGUGGAAGCAAAACCAAGUUGCCAGACUGGGUAUUCAAGUGCAUGCACAAAGCGGGUAAUAGCAAAUUUUACCAGAAACACUCAGUUAUUCUUGAGUUUAAAUGAUAUAUGGUGGAUUCCGAAAAACCCUGCGGUCAAUGAACUCCCUUAUGGAGUUAAAGGGAGUGAACAAUCUAUUAACAAGAUAUUGGCCAGAAUACAGUAUGAUAUGCCUGAAAACAUAAGCAGUUUGGUUUGUAAGAGGUGUGUUAUUGUUGGCAACGGGUACACCCUGAGGAACAGCUCACUUGGAGAAACCAUCAACGAGUAUGAUAUUGUUAUUCGAAUAAACGAUGCUCCAGUGCGAGGCUACGAGAAGGAUGUCGGCAGCAAGACCACUUUGCGAUUCUUUUAUCCCGAGUCAGCAGCCAAGGAUCCGAAUAUCGAAAAUAACCCGAGCACACUGCUUGUGUUUUUACCCUUCAAGCAGGUGGAUGCCCAGUGGCUGAGGGAGAUCGUGUACGAUGAGAAAAGAUUUCGGAAAGGAUUUUGGAAGUCUCCGCCCUUGAUUUGGGAAGCAAAUCCUUCGAAUAUCCGGAUCCUUAAUCCUUAUUACAUCCAUCAAGCUGCCACCAAGUUAUUAAACAUCCCUCUGAAGUUGCCUCCCAAGUCUAAGCAGAAACCAGUACACCCCACCACUGGUCUUCUCGCCAUCACUGUGGCCCUGAACUAUUGUGAUGAGGUACACAUUGCUGGCUUUGGAUAUCCACUAACGAAACAAAGCACUCCUAUUCACUACUAUGGCAAAACGACCAUGAAAGAAAUGGCUAACUCUGAACACAAUGUCACACAUGAACAGCAAUUUCUGAAGAGACUGCUGGAUGCUGGGGCAAUUAAAUACCUCACUGCUUUGGAAUAAUUGUUUUAUGAAUGGCAACUUUUGUUUAUAUUCUCUUUUAAUCACUGGUUGUGGCAUAUCCUUGGCUACUGGAUAUUUUAGUGAGGACGGUCACACCCUGUUCUGGCUUAUGCAGGAAUGCGGAUGGAAUAAUCAUUGCCCUUGGUGCGGGAAAUUCUCUAGCAUUGUUGAAAUAAUCAUAACUAAUGCAUGAGAUUUUAUUCUGCGCUGGUGUGGCUGCCAAACAUCAGAUACCACUACAAAUGUUAAACAACAUUAACUGGCCAAUAUUUCAAGAUUUAAGUCCGGAAAUGCAAAUUCUGUCUUGUCAGACAUGCAAGAGAAAUAAUUCUUGCUUCGAACGCUUGACUUUAAAAGCUUGUGUUGAUUGUAAUUGGACAAGGAACACAUAAACUUAACUAAAACCUUCACCACGUUUUAUUUUGCCAGACCCACGGAGGUUGACUCCCAUUGUAAAUAACUUUGUUCCCUUCCCUCUGAUUUAUGAAAUCUGUCUUAUUGCUCCAGGGAAGAAACAACAGCAAUUCUUCUUGUGAUAUUCCCACAUCCACCAGCUUAUUUUUUUCCACUCUGGCAUGUCCUUCCAUCCAUGGUGGCCAUCUUGAGAUAGUAAUUAGAUUUUAAUUACUAAUUUCCUGGCAUUUAUUUAUCAUUGCCUUGGGAAACUGUACUGUGGGUCUGUUGGUGUCACAUUGUAUUAUUUAGAGUCAGUUUACCUAGUCUUGAUUUGGCCCAUGGUGUAGGGGAUCUGCUUUCAAGAGUCAAUUUUUAGCAUGAGGGUGGAAUUCUGAAGUUGUUUUUUUACUGCAAGGCAGCCUACACUGGUGGCAUAUAAUGGUUGCAUCUCACCUGGGCUCUCAGCAUUGAGAAAUUGUUGAACUUUAUAAGUGUUAAUGCAAAUUUUCACUUAAAACUGCUACUCCAGCAUUAUUGGUGGGAGGAAUCCAUUCCAGGUCUUUUUUAAGAAAAAACACCGGUUGCUCAUGCAAAACAACACCAGAUGGGCAAUUGAAAUGUUUGCCGAGAGCGUUGUACAGCAUUGCAGGCAUUUUAAUAUUUUUGAAUGGAACCUACUCUAUUAUGUUCUACCUCUGCAAUGUAUUUGGAGAUUCUCUUUUUUUUUAAAAUAAAAAUGAUGCUGAACAUCCAUUUUUUUUUCCAGAAUGGAAUUUAGACAGCAUAAAAAUAAUUCAGGUCUAGAUUUCUUUGAACAGUGUAUUGAAGAAAAUUGUCUCCAGUCUGAACCUUUGAAGGUUAUUUCUGUUGUCCUAAUAAAGAUGUCACAUUUUUAACGAAGCCAAGGAUUGGGAUUGGACUUUUCUAAUCCACUCCAUCUUUUGAAGGAGGGCUCCUGUGAAGAGAAUGUGAGAAAAUGGAAAGAAUUGUCUUGUUUUGGCAUUGUGGUCGAAACUUUCAUUGUGCACCUCAAGGAGGUCAUUGGAGUUUUAAACACCAUCGUCUCGCCUUCCAACUUGUUUGCCUCAUGGUUUCUCUGCCCUAGGUACUUUAGUGCUCUUUCUGUAAGAUGUACUAUUUUGCUUUCUGCUCAGGAGUUGGCCAACAGACGUACUUGCGCUACCUACAGCCUUCAGCACUCCCCAGCUCCACAUUGUAAUGAAUUUUACCCAGCAAAUACACACUAAGGUAUAUUGAAAUCGGAGAACUUUCUUAAACUUCAUCCUUCUUCAUCAUGAUAUAGCUUGAAGUCACAUGACACCAAGUUGUAGUCCAACGGGUUUAUUUGACAUCACAAGCUUUUGGAGCGCUGCUGCAUCAGCUGAUAAGGGAAGGCAAUGGCCUAGUGGUAUUGUCACUAGCCCAUUAAUCCAGAGACCCUGAUAAAUUCCGGGGAUCCAAAUUCGAAUCCCGCCACGGCAGAUGGUGGAAUUUGAAUUCAAUUAAAAAUAGUCUGGAAUUCAAAAUCUACUGAUGACCAUGAAAUCAUUGUCAAUUGUUG